GUUAGCACUCUGGACUUUGAAUCCAGCGACCUGGGUUCGACUCCCGGUAGGACCUUUUUUAUUUAUUUAUUUUUUUUAGCUUUAGCUACUGUUUGGUAACAGGGCCAGGCAUUUUCCCAGAUUUUCCUUUCUUUCAGUUCCCAUCUUCGAUAGUCCAUACUCGAACUAUGGAAAACUACAAAACCCUAGAAAUUGUUCAGAGAAGCCCUAAAUCUUCAGUUUUCCACCUCAAUCUCAACCGUCCUUCUCUCCGAAAUGCUCUCUCCCUCGACUUCUUCUCAGAGUUUCCCAAAGCCCUCGAUUCCCUCGACCAAAACCCUAACGUAAGCGUCAUUAUUCUCUCCGGAAACGGAGCCCAUUUCUGCUCCGGCAUCGACCUAAAAGUCUUGGACUCCAUCUCCGAACGUUCCCAAUCCAGUGACCGCGGCCGCACCGGGGAGAGGCUCCGACGGCAUAUUAAGUUCUUGCAGGAUGCCAUCACGGCCAUCGAGCACUGCCGGAAGCCGGUGAUCGCCGGGAUCCACGGAGCGUGCAUCGGCGCUGGGAUUGAUGUUGUGACGGCUUGUGACAUCAGGUUUUGUACGGAGGACGCAUUCUUCUCCGUGAAAGAGGUGGAUCUGGCGAUCACUGCCGAUGUCGGUACGCUUCAGCGGCUCCCGAGCAUCGUUGGGUACGGUAACGCGGUCGAAUUGGCGCUGACUGGAAGGCGAUUUUCGGGCUCUGAGGCGAAAUCGUUGGGUCUGGUUUCUACGGUUUUUGCCUCCAAGGAAGCCAUGGAUGAAGGCAUAAGACUAGUUGCAGAAGGAAUUGCAGCCAAGUCUCCUCUUGCUGUCACCGGGACAAAAGCAGUGUUACUAAGAGGUCGAGAUCUCACUGUGGAUCAAGGAUUAGAUUAUGUUGCAACUUGGAACUCCGGCAUGCUUUUAUCUGGUGAUUUAGCCGAAGCCGUCUCAGCUCAAAUCCAGAAGAGGAAGCCUGUUUUUGCCAAGCUCUGAUGGUGCCCACACCGCCUGCAGUUCUCCAGCUACCACCCCUUUCCUGGAUCUGCACUCACUGGCAAGCAAGUGCUAUGUGGCCACAAGGUGGAAUUUGUAACAAUUAAUAAGCUCCAUCUCUUUGUACAGUUUCUUUAAGCCAAAAUACAGCAAAAGAGAUCUUUAUAAGGUGUUUUGUCUAUCAUAUAAGGCUUGAAAAAAUAAGAAGAGCUUUUCUGGAAUUCAUAUUACAUUCAGGGGACUA